GGAUAUAAAGCCGGAAAACAUUAUGUUAGACGGAGAGGGCCAUGUAAAAAUUGCUGACUUUGGGUUAGCAUGGACAAAUGUGUUUGGUGAGCGCACAAAGAGUAGCAUAGGUGGAACCAUGGGAUAUGUUGCACCAGAGGUGAGAUACAAACAGAAGAGUUAAUGUGUCAUUACUCUCAUAGUCUCUGAUACUAUCAUGAUUCUUUAUGGACAGUAUGACACUUUAAUUUCUCCUACUAUUCUCUUGGCAGGCAUUCUUAGGCAUGAACCUUAGCGCCUCUGUUGACUGGUUUGCUUUUGGUGUGGUUCUCUAUGAAAUGUUAACAGGCAAUUCACCAUUUGAUGAUGGAGUCACAGAUGAACGUACAAUUGUAAGAUCAGUGGUAUAUGGCACGCCAAAAUAUCCAGAAUGGCUGACUGCCGAGGAAAAGGAUAUCUUACAAAAGGUGGGUAUGAGCGGGCAGUAUACAGUUAAAUGUUUAUCCAUCCAAUUGACAGUGUUUUCAUAAAAGUUGUUUUUUUAAUGAAAAAGUAACUUUUUGUGGCAUGUUCCCCCCCUCAAAAAAAAUAAAACGAUAAGAAAAGGAAAAGAAAAGGGAAGCAAAAUAAUCUUAUCUGUGAUCCAGCACUGAGUUCGAUUUCUUCCUGCAGCCCAAUCCUACUCUGGUUAUGGUACGUGUCCUCACUGCAUGGGGAGGGAUAUCCAUGAGGACAGGCAAAGGGAGAACUUGGGGAGGGGAGAACAUGGGUGGCCUGGAGGGGGGUCAUGCUGUAUUGAUUGACUAUUAUUCUGGGCUGGUAGAUGAUGCUGCCAAUGGUGGAGUUACAAGUCUCGUAGCAAAGGACUUUAACUCUGUAUGUGCAGCAUUUCAAACUGAAACACUGCACAUACAGGCUUCAAGGUGAUAUCAUGAGAUGAACAAAAUAUAGUAACAAUGAGAAAGAAACAGUAGAAGGUAUAGGAGUUGAUGUUAUCUGAGGGCCUUUCCUGGUAAGAUUACUAGAGCCUUUGCCCUUUGUACAUGAAGAUAUAUUAGAAAAUAUAUCUGGUACAGAAGUGGUAAAUAAAUAGGAUUUAUUCUUUACAAAUUCCAUGUAAGAAAUUAUUGGUAUCUAUAGCAAGCUCAUAUGUACUAUAUAAAAAUAUGAUAAAAAUAUGCAAUUUCUGGAAGUACAGAGGUUGUUGGCAAACUAACACCAUAUUGGUCACCACCGUCGAAUGUUCCAGGACAGGGGCAGCAAGUAAAUAAUAAAAACCAUAAUGUCAUCUGAAACAAAAACUGAAGAGUGCUCUACUCAAAUGCACUUACAAUCUAGAAUACUAUGACCCAACUCUUGUUAUGUACAUCAGUCAUGCUGUUAGUACAUGUUCUCUUAUUACUCUAUUAGAACAACAUUUGAACUUUGUUUUAUUAAUGUCAGUGUUGCACAACAAGACACUACUGCAGCCCAGUGUCUGAUACCAUACGCUCAACUGUGGUUUAGCAUGAUAGUAUGCAGCCUGAUAAAUAAACAGACCAGUACUUUAUACAUCUGGUGGAGGGUAUAGAGUAAAUUGUGUGGAGCUCAUUUUAGAACACCAAAUAACCAUAGGCUAAUGCUGUUUUGGCUUAUAAGUAUCUAUAUUGUGGAUGUACUUCACGAGUAACGCCAAGCCUCCAUAGCAAGUCAGUAACCAACCUCAUGCUGAGUUGCAUUAACAAUGAAACAGCUGUCCAUGAGUGGUUCACUGGCUUUGCUCCUCUUCCUGAGUUGUGUUUCGAAGCUGUUGUAUACAGCAGACACAUACUUCAAGGAAUCCAUGUGUAAAGUAUUAGAAAAUAUAUCUGGUACAGAUUAAUAGGCUUUAUUCUUUACAAUUUAUAUGUAAGAAAUAAUUUGUAUCUAUAUUAAUGUCAUAUGAACUAUAGAAUGAUAAAAAUAAGCAAUUUAUAUAUCUGUUGGAGGGUAUAUAGAGUAAAAAGUGUGAAGCUCAUUGUAGAACACCCAAGUAACCCUAGGCUCUGCAGGGACACAAACACAGUGGAGUAAUAUACAUUAUAGCUAAUCCACAGAAACGUGAAAUGAUUAUUAAUUAUUUUAGUGUUGAAAUUUGCAUCUUGCUGCCUUCUGUUUUGAACUGUGUUUUUAGCAAAUUAUAUUUUUCAGUUUAUUUCCAAAAAAAAAAUCUUAUAUUUACUAAACACUUGCUAUUAUUUCUUUUUUUAGCUCUUGUGUAAAGAUCCAUAUUUCAGACUUGGGGUGGCCUCUAAAAUUGAGUCACAUCCUUUCUUCAGCUCAAUUGACUGUAAUGAAGUUCAGGCCCGAAAAGCCACCCCCCCACCUGAACUACAAGAAGUGAGUAUAUACAUAGCUAUGGUAUAUCAGAAUGGUAGAAAGGGCCAACAAAUUCAGGAUACCUUCCUAAACAGCAUAACGUGGGACAGGUUCGUUUAAUAGACUAUCAGGGAUAUUUACUGAAGUGAGAACUUAAGAUGGAUUCAAAAUGAAUUUAAAAUUUAGGCCAGAGUAGCUGAAUAGAGCCCAGAGCUUAUCUAGAGAAUUAUUUCCAGUCCGGCUACUUUGACUUUAACUUUGUAAUUCACUUUCAAUCCACCUUAAAAUCUCAAGUCAGAGAAUAACCCCAUAAGUCUUACAGGUCACUAAAGAGAGAAUUUAAAGUGAAUUCAAAGUGAAGUUCAAAUUUGAGGUCAAAAGUCAACCGUGAUUCCAAUUCAGCUACUUUGUCCUUAAAUGUGAAAUGUACUUUGCAUUCUCACUGUAGUGAAUAAACGUGCAAGUUUACAUAUAUACAACCUCGCACAUAAACACACACAUCACACAAAGGCACACGUUCCAAGAAACACAGACAUACAUUAGUGAAUUAAGAGCAGGAACGACUAGCAUUCGAUCCCUCCCAUGUGUCUAAUUGCAUAAAAUCAGGCAUUCACAGAGUGAAACAGAGCUUCAGCUAUAGAAUUCACCCUUGUCCUAGUGCUUAUUGUUUUGUACAGUAUCUUCUAAACUCAGUUUUUCCAUUAAUCGGUUUUCAGUUUUGCUUGGAUCUUCAGAAGAACGGAGCUAAAAAAUUCAGUGAACAUAUAAAAUCACCGGGAGCCUCUGCAUCACAACCCAUGCUUUCUGGAGACCAGUGGCUUUUCAGUGACUUUUCUUUUCAGACGUCUUUGCCACUCACCACUCCUACCCCUACUAAGUCUCCAUGUAAAAGAAAGAGAGAGUGCAUCGUUCCUGAUAGCCGUAGUAAGCCUCCCUGCAAAAGAAAGAGAGAGCGCAUCGUUCCUGAUAGCCGUAGUAAGCCUCCCUGCAAAAGAAAGAGAGAGUGCAUCGUUCCUGAUAGCCGUAGGAAGUCUCCAUGUAAAAGAAAGAGAGAGUGCAUCGUUCCUGAUAGCCGUAGUAAGCCUCCCUGCAAAAGAAAGAGAGAGUGCAUCGUUCCUGAUAGCCGUAGUAAGCCUCCCUGCAAAAGAAAGAGAGAGUGCACCGUUCCCGAUAGCUGUGCUAAGCCUCCCUGCAAAAGUAAGAGAGAGUGCAUCGUUCCUGAUAGCUGUACUAAGCCCCCCUGCAAAAGAAAGAGAGAGUGCAUCGUUCCUGAUACCUGUACUAAGCCCCCCUGCAAAAGAAAGAGAGAGUGCAUCGUUCCUGAUAGCUGUGCUAAGCCUUCCUGCAAAAGAAAUAGAGAGUGCAUUGUUCCUGAUAGCCGUACUAAGUCUACAUGUAAAAGAAAAAUACAUUAUUGAGAUAUAAAAGAUAGUAGAAUUAUUAAAAAAAAUUAUUAAAGGAGAAAGCAUCAACAAAAGUGUGGUUUGUUGUGAUCAUUGGUUUGAAAUUCCAUUACAAUCUGCUGUACCUUGCAUGAAACCUCUUAAUAAACCUUCACACAUCGUGUCUGUCUGGCCAUUUACCUGGAGACACUCUACCACUCACCCCAGGAAUCUUCCCAUUCAGUCAGUCUGCCUAUUCCCUCUGAGUCUCCAAGGAUUUGCUAAUUCACUCUGAGAAUAAGUCCAUUGAAAAAAUGCUGAGAUUUCAACAUCCCGUCUUUGCCCCCACAUAUCUCUGUAAUUUGCCCUUUCAUCUCUCAGGGCCUAAGAACAUGUCCAACGCUCCUGGAGCCAAGCAAAUCUGUCUGGCCAACUAUAAUAUCUGACUAUCCCAUAGAGCCUGGAAACAUUGCUUCAAAUACUCUGAGACCUUGAGAUUGUGUCCACUCACGCAGAGACAGAAGUAGUAGUGCAUGCUCACAAUAGGACCAAACCGCGAAAUAGGGAUCAACCUCUAUGUUAGAGCAGAUACCAAUACUGAUACCAAUAAUCUGUGAACUUUCAUGCCGAUAGCCGAUAACUUACCGAUACCGAUAUUCUGUAGAUUUACCAUUUUUAAAAAAAGAAAACAUUUCUACACAAAUCUACUGUUAACUGAACAUGUUUAUUAUUUAUUUAUUUUUGCAAUUCUUUUUUUUUAUUAAGUGGUAAAAGCACAAAAUAUACAUGCCAGUCAGAUUUUUUUUUUUAUGUUUUCAAGCAUAUUUAGUGUACCUCUCCCCUCCCAUCCCUGUCCCUUAGUGUUCCUCUCUCCUCCCCUGCUUGUCCCUUAGUGUACCUCUCCCCUCCCUGUCCCUUAGUGUUCCUCUUCCCUCUCUCCACCCCUCAUUAGUGUUUCUGUCCCCUCCAUGUUCUUUAGUGUCCCACCUUAGUGGUCCUCUCCCCUGUGCCUCAUUACCUCUCUUGUAGCAUGGCGGAGCGGACCGCGGUACGGGAGCUUUAGUUUCACAGAAAGUGCUCCCUAAGUCUGGUCGGGUACAGGAAACUGAAGCUCCUGUACCGUGGUACGCUCUGCUCCACUCGACCACGCUGCUCUUCCUUCCUGAUGGUCACUCGAUUCUUCCGCCCCCAGUGCGGUGCGCCCUAAUGCGGCCGUGUGUUCCGCCUUAUGGACGCACUGGCCCUGCAUGCGCUGGGCCACUGCUGCCUCUCACAUUAUUGUCAAUAUCGGUACCAAUAGUGCCCGAUACCGAUUUUUGCCAAAAUCCAGAAUAUUGGCCAACAAUAUCGGCCAAACCGAUAAUUUGUCUAUCCCUACCUUGAACUAAACAUAAACAAACCAUGUGCUAUAAAACAUAAAAAUACCAAAUCCGUGGCUGGGAUAGCCGGCACAGAGAUACAAAAAUAUAACAAUAAUGUGUUUUUACCCAACAAGAUGAACUUAAUCAUGGUGUUAUGUAUUGGGUUGUUAUGCAGUCCACCUUCCAGCAGAUGGCAGCAUUGUGAAUUUAUGCACUUAUUUUCUGUUUGUGUUAUUGUCUCUUGUGUUAUAGUCUUACUGUUGUGUGUGUGCGCUGAAGUCCUGUUUUCACUACUUACGAGCCACUUUAUAAUUAUAUAACAUUCAAAUACACAAAACUGGCGACAAGGAUGGGAUGUCAGUAAGUGGACAAUGCAGAAUAUAUAUAAAGGAAAUAAAAUCAAUAAAAGUGAGAAAGUAAAACUUUUCUUUUGGAAAUCUAUUAUUUACAAAUAUCUCCAGCAUGGCUUCUCUGGGACACACGGAGGAAUUUAAUCUUGCUAAUCCAGCCUCAUGGGACUCCUAUGCUGAGCGGUUAGUGUUUUUCCUGGAAGCUAAUAAGGUGGUGGAUGCUAUUCAGAAGAGAGCCGUGUUACUGAGUGUUAUUGGAUCUAAGACUUUUGAUUCUGUCCACUCACUGAUAUUUCCUGCUAAACCACAAGACUGCUCAAUUGAAGAAAUACUGGCACUGUUAAAAAAUCAUUUAGCACCCACCCCAUCUGAAACAGUGAGACAUUUCCAUUUCAAUAGAAGAAAUCAGCAACCAGUUGAAAGAAUUGCAGCAUACAUUGCAGAACUGCACAGGCUGUCUGAAAAUUGUAAUUUUGGCACCAGCUUAGAAUCCUUGUUAAGGGACAGGCUUGUGUGUGGGGUGCAAGAUGAAGCACUGCAGAGGAGACUUCUUGCAAGACAGAAUUUAACUUUUAUUAUUGCACAAGAGGAAGCGCUCGCAAAUGAGGCUGCAUAUGUCCACUCAAAAGAGAUACAAUCCUUCUCCAGCAAAGAGAACUCACCUGAAAUAAAUAUAGUGAAGAAGAUUGAUAUUAAAUCAAAGGCCUUUUCACCACGCACUGAUGUCACAGUUCCAUUUAAAGGAACUUGUUAUAGUUGCGGUGGUAAACAUAGGCGUAAUAUAUGUCGUUUUCGAAAUGCAGUUUGCCACAAAUGUAAACGUAAAGGUCACAUACAGAAAGUUUGCCAAAGACAAGCCAGUGGAAUACAAAUCCAAUAUAAGAAUGUGGAUACAAUACCAACCGCAGCGCACUCUGUUAAUACUCCACAUUCCGUUUCAGAUAGUGAAAUAACUACAGAUGUUUACUCAAAUGACUAUGUAAAUAAAGUGGAGAAUUCGGCAUCAGGACUGACGAUUUACACUGAGAUUGUGCUGCAAGAUGUUCCAUGCAAAAUGGAAGUAGAUUCCGGGCGCGCAUAUUCUUUGAUUUCAGAAGAGACAUUUACCUGGUUAUGGGCUCAUAAUGGCCUUUCAAUACUAACUUGUGAUAUUCAUCCGGUGGACUACAACAAACAGGCUAUGGAUGUCAAGGGGGCUUCUUUUAUACCUGUAAAAUAUGGUAAAUUCAGAGGACACUUACGUUUAAUAAUUACUAAGUGACAAAGAGCAAGUUUGCUAGGUAGAGAGUGGUUUGAACCCCUAGGCAUUUCAUUAACUGGAGUUAAUAAUGUAUCCACAGAUAUUCUACAGAAUCUGAUUGAUAAAUUUAGUGCAGGUUUUGAAGAAGGUCUUGGAAUGUAAAGGCCCUCCUGUUUCUUUUGUAUUAGAUUCAACAGUACCCCCAAUUUGUAUGAAGCCUCGCAGAGUUGCAUUAGCUCUCAGACCAAAAAUAGAUGCUGAGUUUACACUUCUUGUGGAACAAGGUAUACUCGAAGCCGUAACACACCCUAGGUUGUGUACACCCAUAGUUCCGAUGAUAAAACCAAAUGGUGAUGUCGGAAUCUGUGCUGACUACAAAUUUACAAUCAACAAAGCAAGAGCCUCCCUAUCAAAUUCCAGCUGUUAAUCAAAUUCCUACUACCUUGGCAAAAUGAAAGGUAUUUGCCAAGUUGGAUAUGGCUCAAGCCUACCAGCAGUAACCUGUUGAUGAGGCUGCUGAUGAACAAACGAUAAUGACACAUAAAGGAGUUUUCCGAGCAAGACGGUUGCAGUUUGGAGUUUCCAUUGCUUCUGGCAUAUUCCAGAAUUUAAUGGAGGACCUCUUAUCUGGACUUCCAGGUGUAGUGCCUUUUUUAUAUGACGUUCUUAUUGAAGCAGAGUGUAUACAGUCAAUGGUUGCACAGCUACAACUUGUUUUGCAACCUUUUCUUGAUGCUGGUCUAAAACUUAAAAAAAGAAAAGUAUGUUUUUGGUGUAAGCAGCGUGGAUUUCCUUGGUUACAGUGUGAUGUACAUGGCAUUCAUCCAACUGAUUCUAAGGUUGAAGCUAUCCAUAGAGCUCCAGUUCUAGCAAACACACAAGAACUACAAGCUUUCUUAGGGUUUCUUAAUUUUCACCAUUCUUUCCAGCCUGACAAAGCCACUGUUGCUGAACCUCUGCACUAGAUAAAGAUGCUCCAUGGAGGUGGACUGACAUUCAUACUACCGCUUUCAGUGCUACAAGAAAACUGUUGUCCUCUGGCAGUGUACUUGUACACUAUGAAUUGGAGAAACCGCUCAACCUCACCUGCAAUGCUUCUCCGUACAGCAUAGUGCAUAGGGCUGUAUUGAGUCACACUGUGAGAAAUGAUGUUGAGGCUACUAUUGCGUUUUAUUCACAGACUUUAUCUACUACAGAGAGAAAUUACGCCCACAUUUGACAAGGAGGCUUUGGCUAUUGUGUCUGGUGUAAAAAAGUUUAAUGACUAUUUGUAUAGGUGGAGGUUUACUAUUAUAACAGAUCAUAAGACUUUACUGGGUCUGUUCACCAGCAAUACUCCCACUCCUCAAAUUAUUUGCCCAUGCAUGCUCAGGUGGUCCCUUAUGCUGUAUGCCUAUGAUUAUGAGUUCAAGUAUUGCCCUGGCAAGGAUACCUCAAACAUUGGUAGUAGUCCAGCAGAGCUCCUUAUGAACCAGCGUCUUAAAACUUGUCGGAUUGUUUACAUCCUGAUUUGACAUCUGAGUUACAAGAAGCGAGAAUUGCAAUUCAAUAAGAACUAUGAUGCUUCUACUGUGAGAGUAUUUGCACCUGACAGUGCUGUCUAUGUCAGAAACUAUGUUUCUGGGCCUAAGUGGAUACCUGCAAAAGUACUUGUGGCCACAGGACCUUUGUCAUAAAAAGUACAAAUUCCUGAUGGUAGAAUAUUACGAAGGCAUGUUGAUCAGAUCUGCGAGUGAUGAGAUUGUGUCUGCUGUCAUAUUGGGUUUUCUGUAAAGCCAGAUGAUGGUGAACCAUUGGAUGAUACAGGUGUCAGUUCUCCAGGAGUUGUUGUUGCAGAACCAGUUUCUUGUGGAUCAUCUGAGAGAGCACAGGAAGAAAGGAUGGGCACAACUGAAGGUCCAGGUGAAGCAGCUCCAAACUUGGCCCUUGGGCGCCCAAAAAGAUAUAUUCACCCUCCCAGUUAUCUCAGGAGGGAGGGCUAAAUCAUUAGAACUUGCUACGCCGUCCUAAUGGCGUUAAAGCAAUCCUAAAGGGGUUAUUGGGUUAAACUGCCAUCCUAGGUGCAUUGAUAGCGUUUCUACUGGUCCUGUUAUAAAUGUAUAAGCAAAAGGCCUUAAUGUGUAUUGCAUGCAGAAAAGAAGGAAAGGUGGGGUGUGAUACUUCAACAUUAAAAGACCUAAUACAUUUUCAGAUAGAAAGUGUUAUAAAACAUAGUUUAUUCAAACAUAAUUUGAUUUAAAAGUAUCAUAGACAUACCACUUACUGGGAACUGUGGAGAAUUGCCAUUUUAAGGUGAACUCUAGCGUUCCCUAGUGCUAUUGCACAGUUUAAUAUCAAACUGUCUAGGAAUAGACUUUCUGGCAUAGAAGGACCACCCCCUACUUGAUCACAUGAUAAUGUAGAAUUAAAGGGACACGCUUGUAGCAGAGCUCCUGUACUCUGACUGAGUUCCUCCACCAAGUCAGUUUACUAUCUGCUACCAGGGGACUCUGGAGCAAUUCAGACCCGGUUACCAAAGCUUGACUGGGGUCAUUGAGGACCUCUUCCACCCGACCAUGCUGCAGUUCACUCCUUCCUGGCAGGUAUCAUCCCUCUGCCUUUGCCUCUUCUGUUCCUCUCAAUUGCCGGUAUCAACACCUCUGCCUAUAGUGUCUCCAACUACUGCCUCUACAAAGGCACUUGUGGCUCACAGACGUAGCUCUUUCUUAACUCGUCCUGGGAAUCAGGGAACAGUGCAGCCAGCCAACACAUCCGAAAACACUGUUAUUGAGAUCCUUGAACACACCAAACAGGACACACAGUUCCCAAUGGUACUAACACACACCACAUUACUACAGAAUCUAGCCCUUUUGGCGGAAAUUCACAGCAUAUUACUCUCAAUUAAGCUGAGAAAAACAAUGAUGUGUGCAGGCAGUGAAUGGUACUACUGCAGUAAUCGUUAUAAACUUAACCCUGAAGUAUUUUAUCUAUUUAAGUAAAACACUACAGAGAUUAUAAAGAUUUACAUGUGUCACAUGUGUCAAUAGGGCAGACCAGUUACACUAUCUAUGGUCCCAACCACUCAAAAUACAUUAACAGGCUUUACAUGUACUGCUAGAGCAGAUCUAAUUUGAAAGCUGUAGGCCCCUUGUUACUUGAUUUUUUUUUCUUUCCAUUUUUUACAUACAGAUCCACAUAGAACCACAACAUUCCUAAUAGAGGAAAUGGCUUGCCUCCAUUAGGCCGCUAUUCUUUUUCAUGGACCAUGCUAACAGUUUGGCUCUAACGAAUCCUUGAGUAAUGACCCACCUCUUAUUUAUGUAUUUUCCAGGUCCUACUGGCCACAGAUGUCAUCAGCAAACAAAAGAUGGCUGUAAAAAUAGUAAAAAAGAGAUGCCUCUUAAACCAAAAUAAGGAGGCCAUUCAUGUUGAGCGUCGGGUGCUGGAGAUCGCUAGUGGGAGUCCAUUCCUUACCCACGCGUAUUCCACAUUCCAAACCAAGGUACAAGAGUGACAUCCAGAUUAACUCCUUUGUUGCUGGUUAAUAAAGCUAGGCAUUGCUACAAUAUUACCAGUCAAUCUGUAAACAUUACAUAGUUUGAAUGUAGAACUAACCAUAUGUGCAAUUAACUAUUUUUUUUUUUUUUAUUGAAUAGAAUUUUUUAUGUGUUUUUUAUAGAAAGAAUUACAUCUGCACACAUAAUAGCAAAAUAGUGCAAAAAUGGCAAUUGGUUCGAUCUGCAGUGGCCUAGCAAGGGUGGGUGGUGGUGGGGGGGUCUGCCCCGAAAGGCACUUUUUGGGGGGCGGCAAGAUCCCUGCUCCCACCCUCUGGUGCAGAGAGAGAGGGGAAGAGUCGGGGCAGGAUGGGAAGUGAGGUCACUUCCUGUGCUCUCCUGCCCUGCGAGUGAAGAGUAAGAGCAGCCUGGCAGAGACAUCAGUUAAGUUCUUCCCUGCACAACCCACACUCACAGCCCCCCUCUCCAUGACAGCCCCCCUCCCUGUACACAUCACCUCUCCCCCUGCCUCCCUGACAGCCCCCCUCACUCCCCUGUACAUAUCCCUAGUCCCCUUCCCUGCACAGACCCAUCUCACUCCUCCCUCCCCUGCACAGAUCCCCUCUCCCCCUGCCUCCUUUGCCCAGAUACCUCUCUCCCCUGCACAGAACCCUCUCCCACCUCCUCCUCCCCCUCCCCUCAUGGUCCCCUCCCCUGCAUAGAUCCUCUUCCCUCCACAGACUCUUCUCUCCCCAGCACAGAUUCCCCCUCCCCAUAUAGAUCCCCUCUCCCCUGCACAGAUCAACCUCUCCUUGCCCCUGCCUGACAGUCCCCCUCACUCCUGUACAUAUCCCCUCCCCUGCCUCUGACAGUCCCCUGUACAGAUCCCCUCUCCCCUCCCUCCCCCUGCCUCCCAUGCACCCUUACAGUCACCCUCCCUCCCCUGUACAGAUCGCCUCUCCCCCCUGCACCGUCCCACUCCCUUCCUGCCAAUAAAACAAUGUGUAUAAAAAAUUUAAUUCAAUAAGUGUGUUUCCUUUCACACCAAUAAAAAGUCAAAUAUACUGAAACACUUCAGUAACAAUAAUUAUUUAUAGGAACACUCUGCCCAAAUGGGCUAACCCCUCCCCAUAAAAAUCACUGUUCAGUAUAUAUGCCACCAAUGAAUUACAUGCAUUAAUUUUUCAUGCAUGUAUUCAUUGGGUGUAUAUCUUAAAAAAAAUCUUGAAAAGGUUGUUUUGUUGGGCUAGAGGCGUUGAGUACUUAAAAGAGGUAUGUCUGGUGCAGCCACGGACGUCCGCAACUGCACCGGACAUGAUGUUGGGCCGACAAACUCAGGGUAGCACUGGGCGGCAAAAGCUCUAGCUACGCCACUGUUGACCUGGCUUUAUUUGACUUGUCAUGUAUAACCUGACCAGAUUAGAUUUGCACAUCCUUAGAGCGAAGUCCCUAUGUUAAUAAGGACUAUUGAGAUCAAACUUCGCAGCACAGUUAACUAGAAUGAAUUUAUUAUAUAAAAUAUCUAAAAAAAACUUUAUUAACGUGUUUCUGCAUUAAAUACAUUUUACAUUGAAAGUAAAUAAUUCACUCUUUCAAUCUCCACCCAAAGCUAGAAUAUCCUGUCUCCAUCAGUGUGCUAAACUGUCUGAUCUAAUCCUUACCAACCCCUGCCUAUUAUCAUUUCACAAUUAGCUCUCAUUGCUACCUGAAAGGGCUGCAUUAAUUGACACAAGGGCAUUAAAGGGCAUCGAUACUGCCCCAUUGAUCACAGCUUUUUACAAGUAUUCCUUAUCACAUUUCUAACACAAUCACCAAGGAAAAUAACAUGACAGUAAAAAUCAACUGUGCCCAUGUUGUAAACUGUACCUUUUUUCCUCAAACAGGACUAUCUUAUAUACGUCUUAGAGUAUUUAAGUGGAGGAAAUCUAUGGAAUUUAAUAUCUGAACAUAGUUCACUUUUAAAGAGCGCCACAAGGUAAGAUGUUAAAACUGGAAUAUAGAAUUGGUAUGAGAGGUAGAAUGAGAGAUCAUUGAGAAAGGAUGAACCUCUCUCUUAGUCAGGGAUAGGCAACCUUCGGUAAGCCAGAUGUUGUGGACUACAUCCCCUAUAAUGCUCUUACACCCAUAAUGCUGGCAAAGCAUCAUGGGAGGUGUAGUCCAAAACAUCUGGAUUGCCAAAGUUCUUUACGUUCAAAAAUAUAUUUAUUUGUCACCAUUUUCGCCCAAUUUCUCAUUCUUUAGAUUCAUAGCUGCAGAAAUAGUUUGUGGGCUGAAGUUCCUCCACAGCAAAGGCAUCCUCCACCGGUAAACACUUAAAUUCCUUUCCUUAAUUAACAUUUUCUGAACACUCUUAUUGCUGCUGCUUGUUUUCUGUCCUUAUUGUUUAUUUAUUACCAAUAAAUCCAACUUUAUCCUCUCCAUGCCCAAAGAUCUUAUUAAAAGUGGAGUUCUCAUACAACGUAGAUGUCCUGCACUCAGGUUCUCACACUCUGUCUCCAUUUUUAGCAUUUCUAUUAGUAAUCAGUGCGCCAUUAGAGUGGUAUAGCUGGAACCCCAUAUAUUGAGCUUGUCUGCAUGGCCUGCACCGCUGGUAUGUCCAGAGGCCCUCAGGAGAUGAAUACAAGCAAUGUGCAUUGUAUCUCUCUAUUCACGCUGUUGUAGAACAGUGUUUGGGGAACAGUAUAACAGAUGCCAGGAUAGGUACCUAUUGGCAGGGGCCUCAUCAUUACUAUUUCAGCAUGCAUUACCGUGAAUUAGAGAGAUAUGAAUAUCACUGUGACAGAAGUCACCACCACUAGUGGCUGAAGAUGGACACUUUAUGUAGAUCCCCAGAUUACUCUUAUGUUUAUCAUGUGGCCAUUAUAGGUGCAGGGUGUGCAUGAUGUAAAUUGUUAAUUAUUGAAUGUUUUGAGUGCUCUCCUGUUCUGCUGAUUCUCUCAACCAGUUAGGUGGAUUUGGCUGGGAAGCCUGUACAUAGGUACCUGUUGGCAGGGGCCUCAUCAUUACUGUUUCAACAUGCAUUACAGUGCAUUAGAGGUCAGAAUAUCACUGUGAAAGUAGUCAUGAUACCUGCCUGGAAGGAAAGAGCUGCAGCCUGGUCAGGUGAAAGAGUUCCUGAGAGACCACCGUCAAGCUUUGGUAAAUGGGGUCUGAAGUGUUCUUGAGUCCCCUGUGGCAGCGAGGAAGUGGACUUGGCAGAGGCACUCAGUUGGAGUACGGGAGCUAUAUCACAAGCUCUAUCAGACCAAGCCCUACAUGCCUAAUGUUUUCAUUACAAUGAUCAUUUUCAGUCCUCUUGUUUAAUUCUUUUUUGGGGUAGAAUGGAGAAAGACAUGGCUUUCAUUUCUCUAUUCUCAGAAAAAUAUUAUUUAAAGCUUUAUUAAUAUUAUUAAAAACUGUCUACACUGAUGUUAGGUCUUCUGUAUUAAAUGAAACUAUAGUGAACAUCAUAUGAUUCUCUUUGCAGGGAUAUAAAGCCUGAAAACAUUAUGUUAGACGGAGAGGGCCAUGUAAAAAUUGCUGACUUUGGGUUAGCAUGGACAAAUGUGUUUGGUGAGAGCACAAAGCAUGGAGUAGGUGGAACCAUGGGAUAUGUUGCACCAGAGGUGAGAUACAAACAGUAGAGUUAAUGUGUCAUUACUCUCAUAGUCUCUGAUACUAUCAUGUUUCUUUAUGGACAGUAUGACACUUUAAUUUCUCCUACUGUUUUCUUGGCAGGCAUUCCUAGGCAUGAAUCUUAGCGCCUCUGUUGACUGGUUUGCUUUUGGUGUGGUUCUCUAUGAAAUGUUAACAGGCAAGUCACCAUUUGAUGAUGGAGCCACAGAUGAACGUAAAAUUGUAAGAUCAGUGGUAUAUGGCACGCCAAAAUAUCCAGAAUGGCUGACUGCACAGGAAAAGGAUAUCUUACAAAAUUUGAGUGGGCAUUAUACAGUUAAAUGUUUAUCCAUCCAAUUAACAGUGUUUUCAUAAAAGUUUUUUUUUUAUGAAAAUGUUACUUUUUGUGACAUGGUCCCUCCUGCUAAAAAAAAAAAAAAAAAAAAAUAUAUGAUAAGUAAAGGAAAAUAAACUUACCUGUCAUCUAGCACUGAGUUUCAUUUCUUCCUGCAGCCCAAUCCUACACUGGUUAUGGUACGUGCCCUCACUGCAUGGGGAGGGAUAUCCAGGAGGACAGGCAAAAGGAGAACUAUGGGAGGGGAGAAUAUGGGUGUCAUGGAGGGGGCUCAUUCUGUCUUGGUUAAAUAUUGUUCCGAGCUGGUAAAUGCUGCCGCCAGUUACAAGUCUGGCAACAAAUAACUUUAACUCUCUCUGUUCAGCAUUUCAAACUGAAACACUGCACAUACAGGCUUCAACCACAAUGACUACUUCAAAACAAUAAACUAGUCAUGGUGUUUUGAUUAUCUCUUUAAGGAAUAUGAGAAGAGCAGUGACUGUAUGGUAUAGCUUUAUUAAAGAAUAGAUGCUAUCAUAAGAUGAACAAAAUAUACUAACAAAGAGAAAGAAACAAUAGAAGGUAUAGGAGUUGAUGUUAUCUGAGGGCCUUUCCAGGUAAGAUUACUAGAGCCUUUGUCCUUAGUACAUGAAGAUAUAUUAGAUUAAUAGGCUUUAUUCUUUACAAUUUAUAUGUAAGAAAUAAUUUGUAUCUAUAUUAAUGUCAUAUGAACUAUAAAAUGAUAAAAAUAAGCAAUUUAUAUAUCUGUUGGAGGGUAUAUAGAGUAAAAAGUGUGAAGCUCAUUUUAGUACACCAAGUAACCCUAGGCUCUGCAGGGACACAAACACAGUGGAGUAAUAUACAUUAUAGCUAAUCCACAGAAACGGGAAAUGACUAUGAAUUAUUUUAGUGUUGAAAUUUGCAUCUUGCUGCCUUCUGUUUUGAACUGUGUUUUUAGCAAAUUAUAUUUUUCAGUUUAUUUCCGAAAAAAAAAUCUUAUAUUUACUAAACACUUGCUAUUAUUUCUUUUUUUAGCUCUUGUGUAAAGAUCCAUAUUUCAGACUUGGGGUGGCCUCUAAAAUUGAGUCACAUCCUUUCUUCAGCUCAAUUGACUGGAAUGAAGUUCAGGCCCGAAAAGCCAGCCCCCCACCUGAACUACAAGAAGUGAGUAUAUACAUAGCUACGGUAUAUCAGAAUGGUAAAAAGGGCCAACAAAUUCAGGAUACCUUCCUAAACAGCACAACGUGGGACAGGGUUGUUUAACCCCUUAAGGACUGGACUGUUUUUGCGAUGUUGUACAUUUGCGACCAGGCAUAUUUUUACACUUUUGUGGUGUUUGUGUUUGGCUGUAAUUUUCCGCUUUCUCAUUUACUUUUCCAUACAAAUUAUAUAUUGUUUUUUUCAGGACAAAAGGGGCUUUCUUUACAUACCAUUAUUUAUAUAAUCUCAUGUAUUUUAAUUUAAAAAAAAUACAAAAAUCUGAUGAAAAAUUUAAAAAAAUACAUGUUUUUUGACUUUUACUUGAAAAAUCUUUUACUCAUCUACAAAAGCGAAUGAAAAAAACUGCUAAAUAGAUUCAAAAUUUUGUCCUGAGUUUAAAAAUACCCAGUGUUUACGUGCUUUUUUGCUUGCAUGUUAUAGGGCUAUAGGUACAAGUAGGAUAUUGCGGUUUCAAAACAUACAUUUUUAAAAUUUAUCAAUAGUGACAUUGUAACACUAUUAUCUGUCAUAAAUCUCUGAAUAACACCCCACAUGUACAUAUUUUUUUUAAAGUAGACAACCCAGGGUAUUCAAUAUGGGGUAUGUCCAGUCUUUUUUAGUAGCCACUUAGUCGAAAACACUGGCCAAAGUAAGCAUUCAUAUUUGUUUGUGUGUGAAAAAAGUAAAAAAACUAAAUUGAACGCUAAUUUUGGCCAGUGUUUGUGACCAAGUGGUUACUAAAAAAGACUGGACAUACCCCAUUUGCAAUACCUUGGGUUGUCUUCUUUUGCAAAUGGUAUGCCAUCAUGGGGGUAAUUCUCAUUCCUGGGCUACCAUACGCUCUCAAAGGCAACGUAACCAACCUGGCCAUUUUCAAUGUAAAAAUAUUUGACCCAUAUAUUUGACCUUGUAACUUUCAAAAAUGCUAUAAAACCUGUACAUGGGGGGUACUGUUUUACUCGGGAGACAUCGCUGAACACAAAUAUUAGUGUUUAAAAACUGGAAAAUGUAUCACAACAAUUAUAUCAUCAGUAAAAGUGCUGUUUGUGUGUGAAAAAUGAAAAAAAGUAACUUUCACUGACAAUAUCAUCACUGUGAUAUGUUUUACUGUUUUGAAUCACUAAUAUUUGUGUUCAGCGAAGUCUCCCGAGUAAAACAGUACCCCCCAUGUACAGGUUUUAGGGUGUCGUAGAACGUUACAGGGUAAAAUACAGUGCUAGCAAAUUAAAUUCUCUGGAAUUUCGGCCUGGGUUGGCAGGCAGGUCCCUCAAAUUGCAAUCAAUAAAAUUACUGAAUUAUGUAAAAAUAUUACAUAAAUACGCACGUAGAAUUUAAAUAUAUAUGCAUAUUUAUAUAUUUGAAGUCUACGUGUAUAUUUAUAUAAUUAUUUAUGUAAUUUUGUAUAUGGACGUAUGUAUAUUUCUUAUUAUUUUUAUUUAUUUUUAUAUACAUAGAUAUAUAUACAAAUUCAUUCUAAGUGUAUUUUGAUAUAAAUAUAUAUAUAUUAAUUUUAAAAUACAGUUAGAAUAAAAUUUCAUAUAGAUAUAUAAUUUUUUAAAUUUUUAUUAUUAUUUAAAAAAAUUUAUUUAAUUUAAAUUACUUAUUAUUUAUAUUUUAUAAUAAUAUAUAUAUACACAAUAUAUAUAGUUAUUAUAUAUAUUAUAUAUAUACGUGUGUAAUUUAAUUAUAAGUGUAUUUUUAUAUUAAUAUAAGUACAUAUUAAUGUAAAAAUACACUUAGUAUGGCAUUAUAUAUAUGAUAUAUAGACAUAUAUUAUAUAAUUAUUUUUUUUUUUAUUAACAUUAACUUUAUUUUUUUUUUUUUAUUUUACACUAGCAGGGAGACUGCCUGUCAGCACAGACAGUCCCCCUGCAGGCAGACACAUGGACACCUAUUGUGACCAUGUGAUCGCUGUGUUAAGCGAUCACAUGGCCACAGGGGUCCUAAUCUGCCGUGGGGAGACUGUCUGGGCUGCAGGCAGUCUCCCCACAACCGGAGCCACGCUGAUCGCCGCCGGGGGAACGACGGCGAUCAGGUAAGUAACUCUGACCGUUAGGACGGUUCAGGACCGUCAUCGGUCCUCAAGGCAAAAAUGCCGAUGACGGUCCUGAACCGUCCUCGGUCCUUAAGGGGUUAAUAGACUAUCAGGGAUAUUUACUGAAGUGAGAACUUAAGAUGGAUUCAAAAUGAAUUUAAAAUUUAGGCCAGAGUAGCUGAAUGGAGCCCAGAGCUUAUCUAGAGAAUUAUUUCCAGUCUGGCUACUUUGACUUUAACUUUGUAAUUCACUUUCAAUCCACCUUAAAUUCUCACUUAAAAUAAUAACCCUGUAAGUCUUACAGGUCACUAAAGAGAGAAUUUAAAGUGAGUUCAUAGUGAAGUUCAAAUUUAAGGUCAAAAGUCAGCUGUGAUUCCAAUUUAGCUACUCUGUCCUUAAAUGUGAAAUGUACUCUGCAUUCUCACUGUAGUGAAUAAAUGUGCAAGUUUGCCCCUGACGACGGAGUUUGAGUACGCCGAUAUGCGCGUUGUGCGUUUUGCUUUGGUUUCACUUUAUUUUACACCUUUUGGGUAGCACUAUGGGCACUGUUUAGUUCAUUUGUCUUGCUUUUACCGUAAGACUGCUGGUCUGUGCGGUGUCAAGGUAACCUAGGGACAGCGUAUAGCUCCUAUUUUUCGUAAUACUAUUAGGUCCUAACUGGAUUGGUUCCUUGGAUUGAUGUACAUAGGCUUUCAUAGUCACUGUCCCCUGUGGGUUGCGGACCUGGAUCACCCUCUAUCAAUGAGGAGAGUUACUUGGGCAUCACUUCAAGUAUUUUUCUUGUAUCAUAUAUCAGAGUUUUUGUCUGUUUUGCCCUCUCCCCUAGGUCUUAAUAUGGUAAUAUUGGUCUUUUCCCAUUUUUAUCUUAGAUUCAUUAAAGGUAGCGUUCUUGUUUCUUAUUUUACAUAUUCUUUCCACUUUUCUGGGCUCUUUCUCAGUGUGUUCCUUUUUGUUUAGAGGACCACGCUGAUAUCCUUUUUGAUCUUUGUAUUUUACGUUUAAGGGUUACCCCCUUCUUAAAGGACCACUCUGGGCACCCAGACCACUUCAGCUUAAUGAAGUGGUCUGGGUGCCAGGUCCUUCUAGGGUUAACCCAUUUUUUCAUAAUUAUGAAUGGGUUAAGCCUUCCCCCUAAUCCUCUAGUGGCUGUCUCAUUGACAGCCACUAGAGGCGCUUGCGUGCUUCUCACUGUGAUUUUCACGGUGAGAGCACGCAAGCGUCCAUAGGAAAGCAUUGUAAAUGCUUUCCUAUGCGACGGGCUGAAUGCGCGCGCAGCUCUUGCCGCGCGUGCGCAUUCAGCCGGCGGGGCGGAUCGGAGGCGGAGAGGAGGCAGAGAGCUCUCCGCCCAGCGCUGGAAAAAGGUAAGUUUUUAACCCUUUCCUCCUUCCAGAGCCGGGCGGGAGGGGGUCCCUGAGGGUGGGGGCACCCUCAGGGCACUAUAGUGCCAGGAAAACGAGUAUGUUUUCCUGGCACUAUAGUGGUCCUUUAAGAGCACAGUUUAGGCGACUGUCCUCCAUUUUGGAGGUUAGAUGCCGUGGCACCCUUUCUCCCUAUUGUGGAGGGAGUGGUGACCACUGCAUCAUAUCAUUUCUUUGGCUAAGAGCAGGAAUGAUUAGCAUUCAGUCCCUCCCAUGUGUCUAAUUGCAUAAACUCAGCAAGUUACACAGUGAAACAGAGCUUCACCUAUAUAAUUCACCCUUGUCUAUGUGCUUAUUGUUUUGUACAGUACUUUCUAAACUUGGUUUUAUGUUCUGUUUACAGUUUUGCUUGGAUCUUCAGAAGAACAGUGCAAAAAAAUUCAUUGAACAUAUCAAAUCACCAGGAGACUCUGCAUCACAACCCAUGCUUUCUGGAGGCCAAUGGCUUUUCAGUGGCUUUUCUUUCCAGAUGUCUUUGCCACUCACCACUCCUAUCCCUAGUAAAUCCCCAUGUAAAAGAAAAAAAGAGAGUGCAUCGUUCCUGAUAGCUGUACUAAGUCUCCAUUAA